AUGAAGGCCAGACGAACCAGACGUCACCACCCAGCGACUGCUGGUCGCGACGGCAAGCGACGUGUUUCAGACUUGCUUGGCCAAGGCCGAAGGGUUGGACAGGUCGGCAACGCGCAGCAAAAGACGGACGGCGGGCCAUCAUACCAACUCCGGCCUCACGGGGCCUGCCUCCGCCCCUUCCAAGACCCAUCGCUCGUGUCGAUGCGAUCAAUAAUAUUACUUCCCCGACUAAAUGUAAAGGGUAAAGGAUUUCCAACCAGUGUGGCAUGGCAAAAUGAGUUUGAAAAUACCAGGACACAGGCGGUAGGCUUGAAAGGGAACCAACCACGGCAUGAUCCUUUAACGCUCUUCAUUAUCAACAUAUUCAUAGGAGUACAUACGGGGCCUGAGGAAAGUUUCAACGGUCUGGAAACCAAAGCGAAGAAACUUAAAUUUCACAUGCAGGAGCCCGGAAUAAUAUGCCUAAGCAUUCACGGUGGCAAUGGGGACUUUUGGCAAGGCCGAUACCAUGUCUGA